CAUUGAAAACUAUCUUAUAAAGUCAUUAUACAUUAGGUACAAAAUGUUUCGGCGUGAAAAACUUUCGGUUUGUCCAUUUUUGAAAAAUUUAGAGUUAUCCAAAAGUUUAUCAAGGCGAAUAUUUUAAUAGAUACAGUAUCAGCAGACACACUACACACCUAUAACCAAUUGGCAAAAAGUAUGAACUUAAAAAAGAAAAUAGAUGAUUUUUGCUUCUUUUUUUCUAUGUAUUCUAGAAAUUUUAACUUCGGAAGGACACUGUGUUUGAGCUUGUUUGUUUGUUUGUAAGUCAAACAUUUUUAUAAGAAGUUAAGAAUUUGAGCCAGUCAGGUACUGAAAGUUUCUUAACACAGUCACAUUCGAGCCUUCAGAGAUUUUUCCAAAUUUUUUAGGAGUACAAUAAUAAUAUCAAAGAAUGUUUGUGAAUGAAAAACCUGACGUGGUUUUGCUUUAAACAUCCAAAAGACUAAUCAACAUUUGUCCCAAAAUCUACUUGUUCAAAAUUUCAAAAAUAUGUUCGAAAAUAUUUUUGCUGUAGUUUAAUGUUCGAAAUUUUAUCCAUUGAAGAUUGUUGUACUUAAAUCACAGAGGGGGUUUGAAAGCAUGGAAGUUUUGAAAAUGUUACUAGUUAUCUUAAACUUUCAACAAAUUUAAAAGCCAGGCAACACUUCAAUGCUAAAAAAUUCUAAAUUGCAAAAUGGCAAGCCAAACAUUCUGGGUUUUGAAGUUUUUCUACGAAAGACAAUAAUGAUGCAGUUUGACUUUACAAGAGUUCUCGACGUAAAUGACGUAAAUGAUAAACUGUAAAUGUUAAUAGACGUAAAUGUUAUGACUUGCUCAGGUACAAGAGAAUGCAACGAAUUCACUUAUUUGAAUAUUGUAUUUUAGCUUUGCACAAUUUAUUUUUAUUCCAUUUUAAAAAGGAGAGCCAGACUAGAACAGAAAUGGAAAGUGAUGAAUUUUUAAACAAAUUUUUUUCCUAAACCAUGGAAGGGUAGGUUUAAUUAUUUAAACCAAAGGAUAAAAUAGUAGAAACUAUUGCGAGUUUUAUGUCGCUGACAGAAACUCCGAAAGUUCUUCAAUCCCCCUGGAAGAUGAACCUUCGGACUGUAUUUGUAAUCGUUGUCUUUAUUCGGCAUUCACGGCACAUUCAUUGUCAAAGCCCUCUUUCAUCUGUGAAUGAUUCUGGAGACAACACUUCUGGUACAACAAGCAGUAGCCCGUACUUUUCAAGCUCAUUUUCUGCUGCAGCCGAUCACGCAAAAACACUAUCAGAAAAGGAAACAAACUAUUUCAGCAGUUCCUUUGAUUUACAGAGGACAGUAAGCCCAUCUGCCUCUUUAGAAAGCCCUUGUCAUGAAACAACAUAUCUUUCAGCGACAACCAAAGGAUGCUCUCCCAUUAAAACUAUGUUGGAGCAGAGUGUGUCUCCAACAAACACACUUCUACAUAAAAAGGCCAGCAUGUUAACUGAUUUGCCAACGGUAUCACAAUAUCAAAGAUCAGCAACACCACAAAAUGCUGACGUUUCUACCCAGUCAAUUGCCAUGACAGCGUCAAGCAGUGGAAACCAGUUUGUGUUCAGCAGAAACAAGACCAACACAGAAGAACCAAAGACACAGGAGGCAUCCGUAUUUGCCAUUGUCUUUGGAGUUUUGGGUGCAAUUCUUGUUUUUGGAAUACUUGGAAUGAUGGUUAGAAAUGUGUACGUUAAAAACAAGAACAAAGUCAAGAAGAUCAAGAGACCUAAAGGUUCGAAAAAGCUUCCAUGAUGAAUAGAA